AUGUCGAAGCUACGGCGCCUUCUACCAGCACCCAGCAGCGCCACGGAUUCGGCAGUCAUCAAGUUGUCCCCUUCCGACGAACCCAUCUCAUCUCAAUUGCAGGCCGCGGGCAAAACGGAAGCGAAUGUUUCGGCCUGUCACGCCAAUGUUUUGGAGUAUCCUGAAAUACUCAACACAAUGAUCGGUGAAUACACACAUCAAAGCGGUACUAGUACGGGUCAAUCACAGUCCGAAUGCUACACAUCUGGAGAUAGGCCUACUGCCGCGCUAUCGUAUCCACUGGCUACUCAUGAUCGAAUAUGCUAUAAAAACGAACCGGAAGUCGAGUUUCAACUAUCGGAAACAGAAAAUCGAACGGCUGGUUUUACCAGAAAGCGGGCUUACGAGCAUCUGUCGUUGAACCCCGCCGAGAGACUGGUACCGCAACCGAAGAUGCAACGACUCUUCCUCGACGCUGAGGGGAGCAGCGAAGGUAUACGGAGUUGUCAAUUGGCUCGAGGCGCCUUGAGUUAUACUGGCCACGAUAUUGACAACCGUCGUCAAACACAUUCCACGAUACCCGACUUUCAGCUUCUCGACUACUAUUCCAAUCUGGUCGAUACCAACCCUUACCAGCUUUCCGCACCCGAUGAUCUCAACGGCGAAUACAUUAAUCCUCGUACGGCAUUUAGACAGGUACUACCUUACGCGCAACUUGACACUUCAUCCUCCGACAUGUAUGAUGCACUUCCAUCGACGCCCGGUUCCGUCGACGUGCAUGGCACCUGUGCGCGGCCGCUCGAAAGCCAGAGGACGACCACCCUUCAGAUCGGCAAUGAUUUAUGGGUGGACUUUGGAGAUUAUUUAGUUCCUACGAACUCUGACGAUCGUUACCUGAUAUCUUCACCCCAAAAUAGGGUCGGAGAGGAUGCGAUUCCAAGUCCGGAAAUGACGCUGGUAGGACCUUCGGAGCUUGACGGAAGCAAUCCCACGGAUAGCACCAUGGAGGCGACUGUAAGAAUGCCAGAGGACAGGGAACAGUCGAGUUCGCACAUGGAGCGAUGGGUGGCACGGCCAAGACUGUUGGGAAUGUUUCUGCUUGUAAGGAUGCCAGCGUACAUGACGCCGUGGAAUAGGCUGAGGCGAGGGUGUUGA